CGCCGAUUUGGGUGGGGGGGGUGGAAAUCUGUACAAGCAGCGCUGUGAUUGGUCAUAAAAGAAUAUUAAAAUAAACAACAGGAAUGCCCAUUGGUCAACGUCCAUUCGCGAGGAGUCCCGGGUAUAGGAUUGUUAAGGGUUUUAUUUUUUCUCUCGGUCUUGAACCGAAAUUGUUUCCCAUCUCCUCAGUUCCACAACCAAAUAACGAAAUGGCUGGUGGUAAGGCAGGAAAAGACAGUGGCAAAGCCAAGGCGAAAGCGGUGUCGCGCUCCCAGAGAGCUGGACUGCAGUUCCCAGUGGGUCGUAUCCACAGGCACUUGAAGACUCGUACUACCAGCCAUGGCCGUGUAGGAGCCACAGCGGCCGUGUACAGUGCUGCCAUCCUCGAAUACCUCACCGCUGAGGUGCUGGAGUUGGCGGGCAACGCUUCCAAAGAUCUGAAGGUGAAGCGCAUCACUCCUCGCCACUUGCAGCUCGCUAUCCGUGGAGACGAGGAGUUGGACUCCCUCAUCAAGGCCACCAUUGCUGGAGGAGGUGUGAUCCCUCACAUCCACAAGUCCUUGAUCGGGAAGAAGGGCCAGCAGAAGACUGCAUAGACAGACCAUCUUAUUGACUGUGAAGGCUUGUAUUCUGACUGGACUGUGUUCGGAGACACUUGUAUUCAGACUGACUUGACUGACCAGAACUUCACAUUGGUAUUUUAUUAUUAAUAUUAUAGCUAACGAUGAGUGAUUAAGGUUUUUCAUUAUUGUAAUAUUUCCCAUAACGAGAAACUCUAAGACCAACACAUUUGUAUUAGGGCUGGGCGAUUAUGGUCUAAAAAUCAGAUCUUUUUUUUCUUCUAACUUAUGGGUGGUUCCUAAAUGUAAUGACAGUCUAAUUCGGGGCUUGUGAAAUUAUACUUAGGCUAAAUAUAAGCCUUCCACAACACACUAAUUCAUUAUUUUAUCAAAGUAGUUUAACAUGCUUUUUUGCAAUCACUGAUCUAGCUUUCAAGUUUAUGAAAAUUCCCUUUUCUUUCAAAUUUAACCAGGAGCAUGCAUAAUAUACAUUCACUAAUUAACUUAUUGUAGCAAGCAUUAUAGAAAAUUAACACCGGUUUCAAGCACAAGCCCACAUGCUAGUAGGUAGCCAGCUAAUCUUUAUAUUUCAAGUUUUGCUAACUUGGAUCUAUUUGCUAGCUAACAAGGCAGAACAGUGGAGUUAUGAACACACCCUUCUGUCUCCAACUGUUUAAACAGCAUGCUAUCCUGUCUACUUUGUUCAGAUUUUGAAAUGAAGUGCCCUACUUAAUCAGAACGAGACAUUUCCAAUCAUUAUUUUAUCCUUAUUGCAGAUUUAAAAUACUCGACUGCUAGUAUACGUCUUUGAUAAAAUGCUGCUCGCUGUACUUGGUAGUGCAAUGCUGCGUGUGACAAACUGAGCAUACAUUUUGUUCGUGUCUGCUCUGUGUGCAAUUUCAGUAGUUCAGACAAAGGGUAUCCUUACCUUUGUGUCCAUAUGAUUUUUUUAUUUUAUGGACCAAACCUUAAAUGCAAAUGGAGACUUUUUGUCCGAUCUGUCCAAAAUGAGCUCAAUGGUUUGAGCUUAGAUUUAAGCUUGUCACCUGCCUUUGGGACAACUCCUGUUUUUAGGGUGGAGACUUUCAUCUUGUCAUUAUAUACAGUUCUCUGGUGUUAGUGGGAAGGAGCGACUAAGUUGAGACCAAAAAGACAUGAGAACAAGCAGACAUAACACUCAUAAAAAUGAAAAUACAAACAUUGAUUCUUGCGAUAUAGGCAUUUGGAAUAUCGCUCAAAUUAAUUAGAUCGCUCAGCCCUAAUUUGUAUGCCAUUUUAAGGUUGUUGGGCAGGACAGAGGAAAUAAUCAUACCUUUGUCAGAUUGUGAAAGUUGAAUUUGAUUGGCAGGGCUUCAUAAAUGUUUUAUACUGAAAUGGAAUUAAACUCAUUUUUAUAAAAACGAA